AUGUCGGACGCUGCCCAACCUCAUCCUGCUGCUGUAGCAAAGGUUUUGCCUUCUGGAAUCACCUCCGACUUACUCCCCGGUUACCGUGUGAAGGGGCCACCAGAACUCAUGUUGGAACAGUUACGGGAUCUUCUUCAUCUAGUUUGGUACCCCUAUCGCCGUCAACGCCUCGUUCGAAAGCCUACGCCACGCAAAGCCGUUCAUUUCGAGCCACACGACCAAGAACAGCAUUUCUUCCCAACUGAUCCACCAGUUACUGUGAAGUCUGAGCCACAGCUUAUGAGAGGAGUCCAUGAGGGCUCUGCUCGCAAGCCCCGAGCCCAAUAG